UCAUGAGAAAACCAUUUUAUAAGAGAGAAUCAUAAUGAAUACUGCAAAAAGUAAUUGUGAAACUGGAAAUGGUUUGGAGGAUCUUGCCAUACCAGGCCAAGUUUUCUUAAGAGAUGCAUUAACAAGUUGCACGGAUCCAUUGAAAGCGAUAGAAGAAUUUCAGUUAGAAAAUGGUGUUUUACUACCAUCUUUACGACCUAUGUUACCUUUACUCGAUCUUCACGGAGUGAGAAGAUUAGAUUUUCAUGCAUCAGUUCUUGAAGAAUUAAGAGAAAAACUUAUAAAGAGGAUCAAUGAAAUUGGAACAGAAAGAGCAGAUAAGGGCUCAUCAGGAGAUAGAAGAUUAAAGGAAUUAUUGUCCAAAAGUUUCCCAGCUGUGAGAGUUUCAGCGUUAAGGCCUGUUGUUAUGUGUAUUUUGAGGAAUACACCACACAUAGAAGAGAAAUAUUUACGAGUACUUGUUCGAGAAAAGGAAUUAUAUAAUGAUGCAGACACAGAAGUUAAAAGACAAAUUUGGAAAGACAAUCAAAGUCUGUUUGGAGAUGAAGUUUCACCAUUAUUUAGUAGAUAUAUCAUUGAAAAGGAACAAAUUUUAUUUGACCAUAGAAAUUUAAACAGUCUUUUCUUCACACCUUCUCCCAAGGUGAGAAGACAAGGUGAAGUUGUACAAAAGCUAGCCCACAUGAUUGGACAUAGUGUAAAACUAUAUGACAUGGUGUUACAGUUUUUAAGAACUUUAUUCUUGCGUACAAAGAACAUACAUUAUUGUACAUUAAGAGCUGAAUUAUUAAUGGCUUUACAUGAUUUAGAGGUCCAAGACAUUAUUUCGGUAGAUCCAUGUCAUAAAUUUACUUGGUGCCUGGAUGCAUGUAUCAGAGAAAAGAAUGUUGACAUUAAAAGGUCCCGUGAAUUACAAGGAUUCCUAGAUAGCAUUAAGAGAGGACAAGAACAGGUAUUGGGUGAUUUGAGUAUGACAUUAUGUGAUCCCUAUGCAGUAAAUUUUCUUGCUAGUAGCGCUAUAAAAAUUGCGCUUCAUUUAAUAAAUGGUGAAGCAUUGCCUAGAGAAAAUGCAGUUCUUGUGUUACUACUAAGAAUGCUUGCAUUGGGUUUGUCUGCCUGGCAAAUGAUUGAUUCGCAAGAUUUUAAGGAACCAAAGUUAGAUAGUCAAGUUGUUACUAAGUUUUUGCCAGCACUUAUGUCUUUAAUGGUAGAUGAUCAAAUAAGACAACUAAACUGUAAACUUCCACCUGAUGAAAGAGAAAGUGCAAUUGCUAUAAUAGAACAUUCCGGCCCACCUCCUGAUGCCUGUCAAGCAUAUGCCCAACUUUCGGGGGUGGCUGCUGUUUUAUCUAUGUAUUAUGCAUUACAUGUAGGAGGAGGUGGCGGAGUUGGAAGAGGAAGAGGUGACGCUAGGGGAUUAAUGAGAGUAUUAGCUACUUUACCAAAUUGCCAAGCGCAACGUGCAUUUGAAGAUCCGUUUUUACAUACUUUGGUAUCGCUUUUAAUACUAAACAUGGCUGAUGAAUUUUCGAACGAAUCAUUUUGUACAGUUAUAUUUGAUGAAUUUUUCCUGGCCGGCCUUGGAAGAGACAAUGUGACACGUCAUUUACUCAAACUUCUUUGGUACAUUCAUCCAAAAUUGCCACCAACUCGGUUACAUACACUAAUGAAAGCACUCCAACCAACUAGUCAGCAUAAUGAAGCUGUACAUAGUCUCUAUGAAGCUUUACGUGAGAAAAUUGGAAGUCGUUCCACAGAAGAUCAAUUACCAACGACUGCACAAAUGGACACAUUAGGAAUUGAUUGUCCACCCUCUCCUCUUACUGGUGUACCCACACCAUCUUCAUUGUAA